UCACCGGCAACUUCUCGCCGUCUCGCCCAAAUCAUAAACGAAGCCGCUACCUCCGUUGGACUCGCCAAUGGAGUUCCCCCGCCGUGUCCAGUCGACCCAGCUGCCCGACGGCGGCGACGACGACGGCCGCCGCUUCCCGGACUCCACGCCGCCCAACGCACGCGAACCUAGCCCGGCUCCGGCGCAGGGGGACGCCUUGGCGGCGGCGCUGGCGAGACGGAGGGAGGAGCUGCUGUGGGAGCUCCACAAGAUGAAGAUCCGCCGGGAGAUGCUCCGGUGCGAGCUGGUCGAGACGGAGCGCGCCAUGGCGUCGCGCUUCGCCGCGGCCCGCCACCAGGCUGGGCCGGCAACGCCGCCGCUGCCCUGGCCGCGGGGCGACUUGCUCGCCGCGGCGCCGGAGUACGCGUGGCGUGGCGCGCCAUGGGAGGGGGGGCAGUCGCACGCCCCCGCGGCGGGCUCUGGUGACCAGGAGUCCCCGUGCUGGCGCCGGAGCCCCUCGGCGGUGAGGAUCCCGGUCUACCCGCACGUGGAGCGCUCUCCGUCGCCGCCGAUGCCGCAGGGACGGCCGGCCUACGACGGCGACCGGCAGGAACGCGGCGGGCCAUCUGGCUCACCGGCGGUGGCUCCUAACGUGGAGCAGUCCACACCAUUGCCGACCAGAAAGGGGCGGCCUACGGCAGUGCCAGUGGAGGAGGCCAUUGCUGAUGUAGGCCAGGCAUUGCUCGGCCAAGGGGUGACUCCAGGGGGGAGAGCUCUCGUUGGUCAGGUGAGCGAAGAAGGUGAGAUCGCUGUCGACGGCCAUGGCAUGGAGCUUUUGGGCGAGAGUACUGCAAGCAAGGCCAUUGGACCGACGAAGCCCGUGGUGUCCAUCACCGGAGACCAGAACGAUGAACGUGUUCAAGAUAAGGAGUCCAUCACCGGACGCCAGACCGAUGAACGCGUUCAGGAUAUUCCAGCAUUGGACGAGCAGAAGCGAGUAGUGUUCAAUGAUGAGCUAACAAUAUCCUCCGGCGUGAAGAGGCAGCUGACUGCAGGAACCUCACCGGCAAAGAAGCCGAGGUCCCAGGAGAUGAUCAAUUGCUCCCUCUGCAAUGUCAGCGUGACCUCUCCCCAGGAGCUGGUUAAGCACCGGGCAUCCCUCCUGCACCGCUCCAACCUCGCGCCAUUGCAAUCGGGGAACAAGGCCACGGCGGCGACGGCGAUGGCGAUGAACACUGAAGCCGCACAGCACGCAGAGAAGAAGGCGGCCGAGAAGUCAGAGCUAUCUGAAUGGAGCGGCGGCAGUGCCUACCACCACCAUGGUUGCCUCUACUUCUGCGACAUCUGCAGCGUGCGGUGCUCCAGCGUUAAGAUGAUGGAAUCGCAUCUCGCCGGGAGGAGGCACCGGGAACGGCAGAACUCCAUGUUCAUGUAAUGAUGUGAAUCUUCGUUCAAAACUUCAAAUUGUUAUAUGUGGCGCAGUUGUGUGCUACUAUUCUGCACGCUCGUACCUACAGUUGGUCUUGCUUGCGGCUGAAGAGCCGAAUUAUAUUUUUGUCUCAAGAAAGAUUUAUGCUGCGGCAUGUAUUUUUCGCUCGAAUAGUUCUAUGAAGUUCUAUUUUU